AUGGCUGCAGCUGCAGUGCUUCCGGCAUCAUCCCCCGGGAAAUCGACUUCGGUACCCCUUAUUGUUGAGCCCAAAGUAACACACGUGUUGGGCAAUGAGGAGUUUGAUCCUAAGAAGCACCUAACAUUCCAGGAGCCGUCCAAGAUCUACACCAUGAACGAUAUCGGAUUUCCUGACAGUAAUGGCAUCUCUCCUGUUGCAGUUUCCGAGCCUUUCCAGCUGUUUUCGGAAGAGGCUGUCAUGAGGAUGAGAAAGGAAGUUUUAAGUGAUGAAGUUAUGACGAAUUGCAAAUAUUCCAGCAAUAUCGCACAUUGCCAGCUUCGAGGAUUUGCUAACAAAUAUGCACCAUUCACGUACGAUCUUUGGAAGCACCCGGAUACUCUUGCAAUUAUUUCAAAGAUUGCCGGGAUCGACCUGGUCACCGAAAUGGAUCUCGAGAUUGCCCAUAUAAACUUAUCCAUUAAAUCUGAAGAAGAGCAGCACCAGGAAAUGGAUGCAUUCAAUGAGAGAGCUCAAUACGAGGCAGAUGAGGGCAUCGCUGGGUGCCCUUGGGAAGAUGAUACCCCGAUCGUGGGCUGGCACAGAGACAGUUAUCCAUUUGUCUGUGUCACUAUGCUUAGUGAUUGUACCAACAUGAUCGGAGGAGAAACUGCCCUUCGUACCGGCAACGGCGACAUUAUGAAGGUCCGCGGACCGCAGAUGGGUUGUGCCGUGGUUAUGCAGGGAAGAUACAUUGAGCAUCAAGCCCUUCGGGCACUCGGCACGACUGAGCGCAUCACCAUGGUGACCUCAUUCCGCCCUCGCUGCCCCAAGAUGAGAGACGAUACAGUACUGACAACCGUGCGACCCAUCUCAAACCUACAAGAGUUGUACCACCAGUUUAGCGAGUACCGGUUGGAGAUUCUCGAGGAGAGAAUCCGCCAGCAGCUCAAAGACCUGCGAGAGGCCACUUCCAGCGGGCGGAGGAUCCCAACCAAGAAGUUGAAAGCAUUUUUGGAGGAACAGGAGAGAUUUCUUCGGCACAUGAACAAUGAGAUGGUUGAUGAGGAAAAUGUCGUGAUGGGUGUACAAGUGGAGUGUCAUCCCGUGGAGGUCAAAGAGGGCUCAAAGGCGAAGAAACGUCCCCGAGGGGAGUAA